GGGCAGGCCGCGGGGGGCGGUUCCCGCCGGGCCGGGGUGCCGCGAUGCCGGGGGCACCGCGGGGGCCGGGGCCGGGGGCAGGGCGGGAGGCGGCCGCCCGCCGCCGGCGGCGUCGUCGUCCUCCCCCUCGCCCCGCCUAGGCCUUUGCCGGGGGCUGCCGGGCUGCCCCCGCCGCGCCGCUCGCCCGGGCCUCCGGCGCUGACGGGAGGAGCCGCGAAGGUGAAGGAACAGAGGGGUGACAUUGUGGGUCACAUGCAGGUCCUGCCCCGAGGAAUGGCUGCAGAUGUCCACAAGAAGAAAGGCUGGGAAGUGCCCAACGGGUCCCUGGCACCGGGAGAUGGGCAGCACGCGGAGCGGUCCGAGAGCCCCACGCCAGGGCUGGCGCAGGGGACGGAGCCAGGGGCGGGCCAGGAGGGAGCCAUGUUCGUGCACACCCGCUCCUAUGAGGACCUGACGAGUCCCGAGGACGGGGCGGCCGCGGCACGGAGCCCGGAGGAGAGGCGGGGGGAGCCGGCCGAGCCAACCAGCAUGGAGCAGAUCAGCAAGGACUUCAGCGAGCUGAGCACGCAGCUCACGGGCAUAGCCCUCGACCUGGAGGAGGAGAUGAGGCAAAGCAAGGAGGGGAAGCUGGAGCCGUCCCCGCAGACCACCCGCCGCGACUCGGUGCUGUCGGGCAAGGAGGAGGAGGAUGUGACCAUGGACGCCUGGCGCAUGCACCGGAAGCACGUCUUUGUGCUGAGCGAGGCGGGCAAGCCCGUGUACUCCCGCUAUGGCUCCGAGGAGGCCCUCUCCAGCACCAUGGGUGUCAUGAUGGCCCUGGUGUCCUUCCUGGAGGCUGAGAAAAACGCCAUCCGGUCCAUCCAUGCAGCAGAUGGCUACAAGGUGGUCUUUGUGCGGAGGAGCCCGCUGGUGCUGGUGGCAGUGGCGCGGACCCGGCAGUCGGAGCAGGAGAUCGCCCACGAGCUGCUCUACAUCUACUACCAGAUCCUGAGCCUGCUCACCUGGACCCAGCUCAACCACAUCUUCCAGCAGAAGCAGAACUAUGACCUGCGCAGGCUCCUGGCUGGCUCCGAGCGCAUCACUGACAACCUGCUGGACCUCAUGGCCCACGACCCCAGCUUCCUCAUGGGUGCCGUGCGCUGCCUGCCCCUGGCCGCCAGUGUCCGGGACGCUGUCAGCACCAGCCUCCAGCAGGCCAAGGCCAAGAGCCUGGUCUUCUCCAUCCUUCUGUCAGGGAACCAGCUGGUGUCUCUCGUGAGGAAGAAGGAUCAGUUCCUCCACCCCAUUGACCUCCAUCUGCUCUUCAACCUCAUCAGCUCUUCUUCCUCCUUUCGGGAGGGCGAAGCCUGGACUCCUAUUUGUCUCCCAAAGUUCAACUCCAGCGGCUUCUUCCAUGCCCACAUCUCCUACCUGGAGCAGGAGAUGGACCUGUGCCUCCUGCUGGUCUCCACCGACCGUGAGGACUUCUUCACCGUCUCUGACUGUAAGCGGCGCUUCCAGGAGCGCCUGCGGCGGCGGGGGGUGCACCACGCUCUGCAGGAGGCCCUGCGCACCCCCUUUUACAGCGUCGCCCAGGUGGGCAUCCCCGACCUCCGACACUUCAUCUACAAGUCCAAGAGCUCUGGGCUCUUCACCAGCCCUGAGAUUGAGGCACCCUACGUGCGGGAGGAGGAGAAGGAGAGGCUCUUGGGGCUCUACCAGUACCUCCACAGCCGGGCUCACAACUCUUCACGCCCCCUGAAGAACAUCUACUUCACAGGCCCCCGUGAGAACCUCCUGGCGUGGGUAACCAGCGCCUUCGAGCUCUACAUAUGCUACAGUCCCCUGGGGACCAAGGCUGGUGCCAUCAGUGCUGUCAACAAGCUCAUGAAGUGGAUCCGCAAGGAGGAAGACCGACUCUUCAUCCUCACGCCCCAGACCUACUGAUAGGCAUUGCCCAGGGCAUGGUGCCAGCCGGGGGAGCCCCUGCUGUGCCAGGGAGCCUGUCCCCCGGGGAAGCCCGGGCCGUGAGUCCAGGGGAGAGGGCAUGGUGGGACUCCAGAGCGUGGGGAAACCCACCCACGGGACUGUCCAACCUGGGUGUUAGAGAUGGGUUGCACAGCUGCCAGGGGAAGGGGUGAGCAGGACUUUCUCUCAUUUGCAGGCAAUGCCCCCAGCUGGGGGGACUGCCCUUCCUCUGCAGCCCCUGGCUCCAUCCCUCAUUGUGGGGGUCCUGGAGUGGGGCUACUGGUACCCCGGGUUGCUGGAGGAGAGCUGAGACCCUGGGACCUGCUGCCUGUGCCUGACACCCUCCUUUCUCUGCCAUCCUGCAGCUGUGCCAAGGGUGGGGGUCCCCGGGGGAGAAUGUGGCAGCACUCGGAGGACCCCUGUGCUGCUGUGCCCACAGAUGGUGGGUGACACCACCCAGGUGGAGGACAGGGCUGGCCUGGGGCAUGCACGGCUGCUCUCCCUGCCCUGGGGGAGCCAGGCCCCCCAAGUGCCAGGUAGCCCCUGGCAGUCCCGAAGCCCUGCCCUGGCAGGUUUGCCCCCUUGGUGUCUGCGUGAGCCUGGACCCUUCCCACCGUGGCCUUGAGAAGGUUGUCCCUGGGGUCCCUGGCAGGCAGGGUGGUGGUGGGUCAGCCUGCCCUGGCUGGGACAGCAGGGUCCUGCCCACCUCCCCACGAGGACACAGCAGCCCCAGAGAGACUUGGGGUACCGGGGUGCCCAUCGGGGUGCUUGUGGGCUCAUGGUGCUGGCUCCGGGCAGCGGACCCUAAAGGGGAGGCUCAAGCACAGCCCCCUGGAGACCCCACUGGCAUGGGGCCCUGGUGCCCCCCCAGCCCCAAGGAGGGUCUUCCCCUUGGCGCAGGGCUACCUGUCCCCCAAACCCAGCCCCUCGAGCCAGUUAUGCUGAGCUUGCUGCAUGGGGGCCACCUCCUCCCCAUCCAUCCCCGGGCACUGGUGUGGGGCUGAGCACCCGUGAAUGCACGGCGGGCACAGGCCGACCCCAUGUUUUGGGGUUGUCAGCCGAGCACUGGGGUGGGUGUUUGAGGAGGGGCAGAGCCACCAGGGUGGCACCCACACACCGAGGGAGCUGGGAGGGACCUGGCAGGGCUAGCGCAGGGACUCUGCUCCUGUAUUUAUGCUCCUGCCAGAGUGUAAUCGCUUGUCUUUUGCUCAUAAACAUUAUCUGGACCCUAA